AUGGUUUCUUUGAAGAAGAAGAUGACAUCGCUGUUUAGGUCCAGAAGUUUAAGGAAGCACCCAUGGUUGGUCAUCCUAAGUCCGAUUGUCAUCUUGUAUCUAAUUUACUUUUGUUUUUUCAAGAUUGAUCCUCCCACUUGGGGAUUGGAUGGUAAACCAAUCGAUGAUUACAAGUUUGCAUACGAAAGGGAGAACACUUUUUAUUUUCCUUUCACAAAUAAAUUCAAGAUGCCAAAGUAUUCAUACAAGAAGAAGACAAAUUGGUUAUUUAACGAUCGUGCCGAGGAUACCAUUCCAGAAGGCCACAUUGCUCAUUAUGAUUUGAAUAAAUUGCAAUCAUCUGCCAAUGCAGCUGAAAAUAAGGAACAUGUCCUUAUCUUGACUCCCUUAAAGUCUUUUGAACAAGGAUAUUGGGAUAAUUUAUUGAAAUUAUCAUAUCCAAGAGAUGCCAUCGAAUUGGGAUUCAUUAUUCCAAGAACUAAAAAGGGUGAUCAUUCCUUGAAGAAAUUAGAAUCUGCAAUCAAGAAAGUGCAAACGGCUAAACAAGGUGACAAAUUUUCCAAGAUUACCAUCUUGAGACAAAAUUCAAAGGGUUUUGAAACUGUUCCCGAGAAGAAGGAAGUAUCUGAAAUCGAAUAUGAAAAGCAAAUUCGUGCAGAAAUGGCCUUGGCUAGAAAUGAAUUAUUAGCAUCUACUUUAGGACCUCAAACAGCUUGGAUCUUAUGGCUUGAUUCUGAUAUUGUUGAAACACCUCCAUCUUUGAUACAAGAUAUGACUCAUCAUGAUAAACCUGUCUUAGCUGCAAAUGUUUAUGAGAGAUAUAAAGACAGAGAAAGUGGAGAAUUAUCUAUUAGACCUUAUGAUUUUAGAAAUUGGAUUGAGAGUACUGAAGCUCUCCAGCUGGCAUCUGGAAUGCAAGAAGAUGAAAUCAUUGUCGAAGGUUUAGCCGGUAUUUCAACUAAUAGACAACUAAUGACACAUUUUUACCAACAAGAUGGAUCACCUUCAUCGGAAAUUUCAUUAGAUGGUGUUGGUGCAUCUUGUCUGUUGGUGAAAUCUGAAGUUCAUAGAGAUGGUGCAAUGUUCCCCAAUUUCCCAUUUUAUCAUUUGAUUGAAUCUGAAGGGUUUGCUAAAAUGGCAAAAAGACUAACGUAUGAGGUAUAUGGUUUACCAAACUACUUAGUAUACCAUCAACAAGAUUGA